AUGGCCAUUUCCGAACUGCGGUCCCACAAGAACCCGACCGCGAUCACCGUCGCGCAGUUCGUGAACGCCUUCCAGCGAAUAUGGCGCGACUCGAGGAUGGGCGGGGGCCCGCGAGCGCAGGAUCCCCGUGCCCGGUUCCCCUCGCGACUGGGCCUCGCCGUCAGCGGCGGCGCCGACAGCAUGGCGCUCGCCUACCUCUGCCGCGAAUGGGAGAAAUCCAGCAGCAGCAGCAGCAGCAGCAGCAGCACCUCCUCCUCCUCCAACACAAGCGGUAGCACCACCACCAGCAGCGGAGCUAACGAUCCCAGCACGAUCCCGCCGGGAAUAAACCUAACAGCCUUCAUCAUCGACCACGGCGCGCGCGCGGAGAGCGCCCACGAAGCCGCCACCGUCGCAACCUGGCUCGCCGCCCUGGGCAUCACGACCCGCAUCCUCCCGCUCGACUGGUCCGCCCUGACCACCACCCCGCACACGCUGCCGGCGUUCGAGACGCACGCGCGCCGCCUCCGCUUCCAGGCCCUGGGCCGCGCCUGCCGCGCCGCGCGCAUCGACGCCCUCCUGACGGGCCACCACCGCGACGACGCCGUCGAGACGACCCUGUGGCGGCUGUGCACGGGCGCGCGCGGCGCCGGCGGGCUCGCGGGCAUCCCGGCCUGCGCGGGGGUGCCCGAGUGUCAUGGGGUGUUUGGGGUGUGUGGGAGUCGCGGGGUGGUGGGGGUGAGGUCUUCGUAUCCGACCCGGGUGGAUGCGGGCCUGCAGCACCAGCACCAGCAGCCGCAGCCGCAGCCGCAGCCGCAGCAUCUCCAGGCGGCAAUGGCAGCAAUGGCAACCGGAACCCUCCCAAUCAUCCGCCCGCUCCUCGGCUUCCCCAAAUCCGAUCUGCUGGCCACCUGCGCCGUCCAUGGGGUGCCGUUCGUCGCCGACCCGACGAAUUUCGAUCCGACGCUGACGCCCCGCAAUGCGAUUCGGCGGUUGUUGGCCCAGGACCAAUUGCCGCGGGCGUUGCGGGCGGAGAGGGUGGUGGGGUUGAUGGGGGCGAGUCAGCGGCUCCUGAGACGGGCGGAGCAGGCGGCGGAGCGGGUGCUGGGGUCGUGUCGCGUCGGGGGGUUCGUGCCGGAGACGGGGGUGCUGGGGGUGCGGUUUGCUGUUUCUUCUGAGGGUGAGGGGGAUUCUGUCGAUCAAGGGGGAAUGCGUGGCAUCCAGAUCCAGGCCCGCGCGCUCCGCCGCAUCACGGAGCUCGUCGCCCCGUUCCCGGAUCACCAUUUCCCGCUGCGCGCGUUCGAGGCGUUCGUGGCGAGGGUGUUUCAGCAGCCGCCGCAGGAGCAGGAGCCGGAGCAGUCGUUCACGCUAGGCGGCGUCCUGUUCCAGCCUUGGUCGUUGCCCCCGACAAAGAAGGGCGAGGAGAGUACGAGUCUAUUCCAGAGCCCUGCUGCAGCUCACACCCACGGAUCGGAUACCCAGGAAUUUAGCAGCAACAGCAACAGCAACAGCAACAGCACCCAGAAAACAUGGCUCCUCUCCCGCCAACCGUACAUGAAGAACCGGCUCCCGGAGUUGAACAUCCACCUCGACUGCACGGAGGGAUCUGUUUUGCCGAAGCACGAGCAGGAGCAGAAGCAAGACCAACCCCAAGACCAAAGCCAAGACCAAGACCAAGACCCAGACCCAGACCAAGAACAAUGGCACCUCUGGGACAACAGAUACUGGUUCCGCCUAGGCUGGACCAGCAGCAGCACCACCACCACCAAGCAAUCACAAUCACAACCAUUACCCUCCAACCCCAACCCCAACCAAACAAUCCACCUCCGCAUCCGCCCCCUCCACAAAUCAGACCUCACCCGCCUCCGCCAGACGGAAGCACAACCCGAGAGCCAGACCGAGCGUGCUGGCGAUAGCGAUAGCGAUAGCGAUAGCGAUAAUGCUAGUGCACACGCCACCACGAACCAGAAGCGAGAAAUCACAGACCCCAAGGCCCUCACCCGCCUCCUGGCGCAGGUCAGUCCCGGCCGCAUCCGCUUUACGGUGCCGGUGUUAGUGCUGGUGCGGCGGCGGCGGCAGCAGCAGCAGCAGCAGCAGCAGCAGCAACGGGGGAAAGCAGAACGGGGGGUACUUGCAGAAGCAGAAGCAGAAGCAGAGACAGAGGAAGAAAUCCCCCUCGCGCUCCCCACGCUGGAUCUGUGGCUUCCUUCUUCGCGCCCUGUCAGACAGGACCUAGAAUGGCUGGGUGGGGGUGAGCAGAGCUUGAGCUGGGAAUGGCGGUAUAAGAUGGUGGAUCGGAACACGCUGAGGCUGAUGGGUUGGGAGGAGGAGGAGUAGUCACUUCACCUGCUACUGUACUGUACUGUACAUACUGUAUAUCAUGUUCACACAGUCAAUCUAAUCGAACCUACUAACUGACUACCAACUACCAGUUCCCCC